UUAUAAUAUAGUAAUGAAAGAAAAUCUUUUAGACUUUCUUUGUUAUUGUUUAUGUUAAGAAACCUUUUUUUAACAUUAAAAAAAGAUAUUUUUAAAUAAUAAUGUUGACAUGUGGGACAUGGGUUAAAAGAGGAGUUGCUAAGGAAGUACCUGACAAGGUAGAAAUUAGCGCUGAUGAACUUAAAGAACUUCUACAAGAAACAAAGGAGCAAAUAAAUGAUCUUGGAGAAAAUGUUGAAGAUCUUGAUGAAAUGCAAGAGAAAAUUAUUUCAGGAAAAGAAGAUCCUGUUUAUGAUGAUAGUGAUGAAGAAAUAAAAGCAGAAUAUGGUUUAGAUGACUAUGAUGAAGAAGGUACAAAAAUGACAGGAGCUGGUAUGGCAGGCCUAAUGUAUUUUGUUUCUACAGAGGAAGAUCCUUAUGUUGAUCUCAAAGGAAUGGACGAUGAGGAUAAAGAAGAUUAUGUUAUAAAAAAGAAUGACAACUUAUUUGUUGUCGGAAAAAUGGAAGAAGAUCAUAGUUGUCUUGAUGUAUAUGUGUACAAUGAGGAAGAAUCUAGUCAGUAUGUGCACCAUGAUAUUCUCCUUGAAUCAUAUCCUUUGUGCUUAGAAUGGUUAAGUUAUGACCCUGUCUUAGAUGGAAAACCUGUUUUUAAUUUAGGUAACUAUAUAGCAGUAGGAACAAUGGAACCAGAUAUUUUGAUUUGGGAUUUGGACAUUGUUGAUGUAGUUGAACCAGCCUUUGUUUUAUCUGGUAUGAAAAAGAAAAAGAAAAAAAAAUUAAAAGCUAGUUCAACUAAUGAUAAUGGACACACAGAUGCUGUUUUGUCUUUAUCUUGGAAUCAUAAUAUUGUAAAUGUUCUUGGAAGUGCGUCCGCAGAUAAAACAAUAAAGCUGUGGGAUAUGUCUAAGUGUGAGUGUGUCCACACACUAACACAUCAUACUGAUAAGGUUCAAUCAAUACAAUGGCAUCCUCAUGAAUCUCAAUCAUUAUUAUCUGGUUCCUUUGACAAAAAAGCUGUAUUGCUUGAUUGCAGAACUCCAAAUGUUUUUAAAUCCUGGUCAUUAUCUGGAGAAUGUGAAAAGGUUUUAUGGGAUCAUUUAUCACCAUGUAAUUUCUAUGUGAGCACAGACGAUGGCAUUGUUUUAUAUUGCGAUGUUAGAAGUGAUCAACCAAUUUUUACAAUUCAUGCUCAUGAGGAAGCUGUUACUGGAAUGUGCUUAUCAGCUAAUAUCCCUGGAACUUUGACAACAGUUUCGUCUGAUAAAAAGUUAAAAGUGUGGGAUACAACGGGUAAAAAGCCUACAUGUGUGAUGUCACGUGAUAUGAAAAUGGGUGGUUUGAAUUUUAUCACAGCUUGCCCAGAUGUCAAUAACCUAUGUGCAGUUGGUGGAGAAAAAGAUGGGUUGCGAAUUCUAAAUGUCAUGGACACAACUAAAGGUAAAGAAUAUUUUCGAAAUGAAGCGAUGGCUUCUGAAUCAAAUGCAAAAAGUAACAAGGAUGAUACUACGGAAAAAAAAAUGGAUAUAGAUUUUCAUGUUGAUGCUAUGAAAACUCUUUCUUUGAAAACUGAUAAAAAUACUGGUAUCAUUAGAAAAAAGAAAAAGAAGAAGAAAAAAUAGUUUAUAUUGUUGUUCUAUAUAUAUAUUUUUUCAAACUGAAAUCAAUUGGUUUAAUAUUAAAAACUUUACUUAUGGUUUUAAAGUUGGAAGGGGAAAAGAAAAGGGGUUGAGAUUAACGUUAGGCUUCUGUUCCUAGACCUGCCUAUAUUUUUUUAGGUCGCAAAUAAUCAAUUUCAACUCGUCUUUACCUUGGUGUUUUUUAUUUGUAAUAAGGCUAGAGAAUAAAUUUUUUUCCUCUCUAAAAGUAA